AAUUCUCUAGCAUCAUAGUCUCGAGUCCGACGAAGAAGUGCUAGUCCCAUAUUUUUUUUUUUUUUUUUUUUUUACGACAACCAAUAUUUGGGCAAACAAGUGUUUACUGAAGCGUCAGCAAUGGUCCAGGAAAGCGUUCAACUGAAAAGGCGCGGUGCCCAUGACUUCAUGGAAUACUACACGGAUGCCUGCGCCCGGCACGAAUCCAUCCCCCUCACUGCUGUCAAAAGUCACAUUGACAAAGGAACUCUGGACUUCAAUGGCGACAGGGUCAAGUUGGCAGAUUGGCCUCCCAUCCUGGACUCCAUCUCUAUCAAUAAGCACCUUCAGCACAUUGUAAUUAGUAGUACAUACCAGACAAGCCACGGGUGUGGAGAUGCAGAUAGAAGGUACUACAAGCCAGUGUUCAGGAAGAAGAUUCCAUCAAUCCGCUGCAAGGACGUGACAUUCAAGUUGUGUAAAGCUCUGAAGGAGUGUCUGUCUAUUUCUCCGAACUUGAAGACUUUGAAGCUUCAUGGACUUCCGCUGAGGGAAAGAGACCUUGUCAGCUUGACAAAGGGUUUAGCAAAAAGUGUUUCAUUGGAAGCGCUUUCCCUGGCAAACUGUCCGAUUGGAGAUGAGGGCUUGGAGGUCAUUUGCCAAAGUGUGAAAUACUCGACAAGAAUCAAAGAAAUUGAUUUCACAGGAUGCAAUAUUACGUGGCGGGGAGCUGAGCAUCUGGCCAACAUCAUUCAGCAUCAGGGAAUGCAGAGGCACGGGUCCGUGUGGGCCCAGUCCUUGCGGUAUCAAAAACCCAAAUACGAGGGCAUGGGGGGUCUCCGCCGCCUCACCCUCAACUCCAACACUUUGAUCGGGGACCUGGGCGCUGUCCGUCUCGCCCGUGAACUGGCUGAAGACCUCUGGGUUAAAGCUGUGGACCUGCAGAAAUGCGGUCUUUCCAAUCGAGGAGCGUGCCAUCUGCUGGAAGUUUUGAAGACGAACUCUACUCUCUGCGUGUUAGACAUCCGUAAUAACCCUUUAGUUGACAAUUCCCUAAUUAAGACUAUAAUAGAGAAAAUACUCAUGAAAGUUGAAGCACGAGCACCUGAGUACUGCUGGAUCUCACCUGCCGCCAAAGAAGUACCGAAGACUUCAGCUACGAAGCGGCGAGUGGUGUCCGGCGCAUCCACGGAAAGACCAGCUUCUCAGAAGAGGACGUCGACUGAAGAUGACGGCUCGGUCGCAGUUCAGCAUCAGCGGUCCACAUCCCGCUGCAGACAAGUGCCUCAUCACUCUGCUGCACGUGCCGGACGCCAGCGAGGCUUUCCUCCCACAGGUGCGAAGGACUACAGUCUCCCCGUAAUGCAAUCCGGAGCCAGUCCGCAGCAUCUUCAAGGCCAGGCCGCCGUGAGGGUUACGUUUGUGUCGGAGUCAGAGGAAGAAGAUGGUCAUAAGGAAGGGGCGGAGGCAGCGGUGGCGGGCGAUCAAAAGCCGUCUAACGGAAGCCACCAGGACGGUGUCAAUGAACGAAGGCUGCAACGUAUGCAGAUUGCGCUACAGGAAUGUCGUCUGCGGUUGGGAGAGGAGCGCAGGGCCAGACUGAAAGCCGAAUCCUUUCUCAGGGAGUUUGAGCUGGAGAACGCUCGUCUUCGCGAUAACAACCUCUCCUUGUCCGAGGCGCUGGCGGCCACAGGAAAUGCGCUUCCGGACCGCCUCGCCCUUGGAGAUGAAGACGUGCUGGAGAGCAUCGAGCGCUCGUUUACCAAGUUCCAUGCUUUCCUGGAUCUAGUCAAGGAUGCUGGCUUAGGUCAGCUGGCAUCCAUGGCUGGCAUUGACACGAGCGAUUUCCUGCCUUUGGGAAGACCGCAGCUCUCUUCCACGCUGGGACACGGACUCCAACUGGACGCAGCCGCGUCCGGCGGCGGACGCCUCUCUCUGCGUAGUCAGGCUCAGAAUCCUGUCCCGGCCUCCGGCGCUCAUCCCGACGACGUCGGCGCUGGCAAAUCUCCGUCGUCCCUCACUAAGGCCGCGCAUCAAGAGGGCCCGCGCAAAGAGGGGGCGCCCCAGGUGGCCUUCGAGCAGGCCGCCGGAACACAGGUGGACUUCAGCGUCCUGAGAGAGCAGGAGCCAGAUGAGUUCUCGAAACUUGAAACCCAAUACGACUCCGGUUCAGAGCGCAGCGUCACUAGCCAGCGAUCCCGCCGUGAAAGUUGUCAGGCUCCGGGAAUUCGCCCGAGCGGGAGCCUCUCCGCUUCCCAGCGCAGUGACGACUUGAAUUCCAGUCACAGCGAUUCAUCCCGUCGACGCAGCUCCCGUGGAAGAUGGAGCGCAGGCGAUAUCAUGAGAGACAUUGAAACGGGCCCGCGAUACUGAGCAAGCAGACGGCCUGGCUGACCCGACAAAUAUGAACUCCAGAAAAGCGCUUCCGCCCUCUCGCCCUCUGUGCCUUCAGAUAUUCAAAUAUGCGGGAAUGUUGAGGUGGCACGGUGGAGCAGCUGGAAAGCGUUGGCCUCACAGUUCCGAGGACACUGGUUCGAUCCCGGGCCACCCUAUGUGGAGUUUGCUUGUUCUCCCCGUGCCUGCGUGGCUUUUCACCGGGCAUUCCGGUUUCCUCCCACGCUGCAGAAACAUGCAACAUGAAUUGGACACUCUAAAUUGCCCCGAGGUGUGAUUGUGAGUGAGAGUGUUUGUCUCCAUGUUCCCUGCGAUUGGCUGGCGACCAGUUCAGGGUGUCCCCCGCCCCUUGACGGGCUCCCCGCAACCCUCGUGAGGAUAAGUGGCAAAGGAGAUGGAUGGAUGGACAACAGAUUGACAUCAAUCAAAGGGCAGCUUGGCGUACAACCGAAGGCUGAUCAAAUGAAAGGACCAAAGGUUCCCGUUUUCACCGUCUCGUCCCCAACGUUGACCAGUGAGCUUGCAUACACACACACACACACACACACACACAUAUAUAUUUGUCCACAGACAUUGGUCAUUGCACUGUUUAGUUCCUUAAUAAAGUAAGUAACAAUAUAGUGUUUGAAAUGAUCAUGUUGACUGAUUUUUAAAGAAUUAGUCGCACAGACCAUGAUAGGAUUAUUAGUGCAAUGAAACAAAAGCAAAAUUAGGAAGAAAAAUACCUCUGAAAGUUAUGAGAAUAAAGCUGCGUUGUUUGGAGAAACCAGAAAAAGUUCUGAGGAUAUUAUGUUCAUUAAAAAAAAAAAAAAAAAGAAAAUUGGACGAGAGGUCGCAUGCUGUACAAAUCAACUGCAUUGAAAUGACUGAAAUAUGUCUUGAGACCACCACCUAUCGAUCGGGUAAUAUCUAUAAAUACUUUCUUUUUCAAAAAAAAAACACUUCCAGAUGAUGGCGCAUGAAAGAUUAUCAGGGUGAAGUUGAAAAGAAAAGUAUGAAACAUUUACAAAACCAUGACUAACUCCCCCCCCAUCCCCCAAAAUAAAGGAAAAAAUGCCCUCCAAUUAUAAAAAGAACACGUCAAGAUUUGUGCUUCGUGCACUCUUCUCAAACACACUGAUUGCUUUUCUUCAGUCAGAAUACGAGCCGAUUGAUUAAUAAUUGUCCACACAGAUAGCGCUUAUCUUGUAUUUCAGCAUCUACUGUAAUUUGACUCCCGUCAUUUGUGUAUAAUGUACAUGAGUAUGCGGAGGCCAGAUUCAGUAGCUCUUUGGCAAGAUGUCAUACUGGGCUCCCAAAUAGUUGUGUACCCCCACACGCACUUUACUACAAAG